AUGGCGAGUAGCCUGACAGAGUUGGAGGUUCCCCUGGACGCCGACCACGCUGUGGACCAAGGGAACGGUGUUUUGAGGCGCUGCAGGGGGCGACCGAGGCUCACAGAUACGGAUCGAGCGCAGAGGCGUCUUGAAUCCCGAAAGAAGUACGAUGUACGGCGGGUGUACCUGGGAGAGUCGCACAAGCUGUGGAGUGAGCUCCGCAGGCGGACCAGUCUGAGUGAUGCUGGUCUGGCAGAGUAUCUGAUCCUGCUGCACUCCACAUAUGGAGACAAAAACCAGCAGAAACAAUGCGGGAAGAAGACUGCCUCAGAAGUCUCAGUUAAACAGAAAAAAGGUAGGAAGGGGCGUGUGUCCAACCUGCAGAGCCUGGUCUGCUGGUACCAGGAACAUGCACACACCUGCCCUCAUGAGCCCCAGCUCAGAGCCCUGGAGCCUCAACCCAACUUCUCCACUGCUGCUAUCUGGGAAUGUGACUCUGACCACUCUUUUGUGCAAUACCUGUUCUCACUGCCGAGGGAGGCGAGCGACUCUGAGCACGAGGCGGGAAUGAACGAAGAGGGCGACGGAGAGACUGCGGCAAAAACAGACUUGCCUGUGACGAAAGGUGUAGUGAGCAGGAGGAGAAGAAAAGAGGCGCACAAACAAUACAAAGAUUUGGGAGAAAAUGUGGAUGUUCCUGAAGUACAACAUACCACCAUGAGUCCAAUAGAACAGGCUGCAGCUCUGAACCACCAGCCGAGUAUAGAGGCUUCUUCUAAGGAUGUCCCGCUGACAGGGCAGCCUGUGUGGGAGAUGGAGAUGGUGAUGGAGCAACAGCAGGACUCCCCGGAAGCAACAUUUCAUUCCAUCGACUCGGAGGAGGAGGCUGAGGAUCUGAGGCGAGGCAGAGAUGAAGAGGGAGGAAGGGAGAGACUCGGAGAAGAAGAAAUAAGGACUAUACCACAUGGUUACGAGUGUGUCACCGUGACAGCAUCUUUAGCCGAUAAAUUGGACAAGACGGAUGAGGACCCAGUGCUGUCACAGACCUUGAGCGGCUCAGUGCGACUGGGCGCUCAGGCUGAGCUGUCAGUCCCGCCACCCAUGCAGGUUCAAGAGCAAGGAGAGCUGUUUGACCCUCAGACUUUGCAGACGGUGGUAGCCAGCUGUGAGAUUCCUGACCAGAGGACUACUUUGGAAGGUUCACAGUUAAUUAUCAUCACUGGUCCCAGCUACGAGGCGCUCGCAUCAGAAGGUAUCCAGCUCAACAUGGGGGGCGGAAACGUGGAGGAAGUCACUUGCACUGUCAUCGGGGGUGUCACCUACAACCCGGUUUGUGAGUCUGACUCAAAAAUCAGAACAGUGGAGGAUGAAGACUCCAUGACAGAUUUGAGUGACAAGCAGUUGCUGCAGCCCACCGUUGACACGCUGGAGCUAAGCAGUGACAGGGAGCUGCAGCGGAGUCUGAGCAGGUCAAAGAGAAACAGGCGAGGUCCGGUCAUUGAGGCUGACGGGAUGCUCAAGAUGUUCCACUGUCCAUACGAGGGCUGCAGUCAAGUCUAUGUAGCAAUUAGCAGCUUUCAGAAUCACGUGAACCUUGUGCACAGGAAAGGGAGGACCAAAGUUUGCCCCCAUCCAGGCUGCGGAAAAAAGUUCUACCUGUCAAACCACCUGCAUCGCCACAUGAUCAUCCAUUCAGGGGUGAGAGAUUUCAUCUGUGAGACAUGUGGAAAAUCAUUUAAGCGUAAGAAUCACCUGGAGGUUCACAGGCGGACUCACACGGGAGAAACACCACUCCAAUGUGAAAUUUGUGGCUACCAGUGUCGUCAGCGUGCAUCCUUGAACUGGCACAUGAAGAAGCACACUACAGAGGCCCACUACAACUUCACAUGCGAGUUCUGCGACAAGAGGUUCGAAAAGCUGGACAGUGUUAAAUUCCACAAGCUAAAGAGCCACCCGGAUAAGCAGGCAACCUGAAGUGUUCAGACACUACUGAUGGGAGCUAACAUUACCAACCAGCAAGUGUAGGUUGGCCUUCGGAAACCAAAGGAAGACAUCUGGUGAAGAGAAAAAAACUUUCCUUUGCUGUGUUUGUCUUGCCUGUCAUGUCCAGGAUAUGAACAUGAAUUGUGGUGGUUAAAGGCAAAAGUGGGCUAGCCUAACAGCUGUGCAGGACACAAGCUGUUUUAGAGUAUAGGCCCCAAACAUGGGUUUUGAACAUGUUUAAUACAGCAGGAAAAAAUGCGUAAUCUACUGUUGACCAUUUUCUAAACCCCUCCUGUGCUUAUCGGUUUUC